AUGACUGUUAUAGUUGGAUCAUUAUUUCUCCCAUACACCGUCCACUUUGAAAUUGACAAGAAUCAUUACGAGUUCUUGCAGAAGGAAGAUAGUGCAAAGCUUGAGACAAUUAGUAUUUCAGGGGGGCCCGAUGAAGCUCCAAUCCAACAAUCACUCAACGCAUCACAGCAGCACCUAUUAAAUAACCUGUCCUCAGUUUCCAUCUUGCAUCCUGCCAAUGUGAGCAAUACAUCAACUCGGUCAGAGACACCGGACGAGUUCUUUUACAAUAAGCGCAAUCCAAGAUUGCAACGCGAAGGCUCUACAAACUCUAACCCAGUGUCACCUGCGCUUCACUACAUUCAACCUAGACCUCGUGUGGGCAACAAAAUUGAAAGUUCAAUACUUGACCCAAAAAAGCAAACUAAUCCAUACAACUCGACAGGAUUGAAAAUUAACAGAUCUCUGACAAACUUGUCCAUUUCAGCACCAAACUUGGCAAGACCUCAGAAUACCAGAGCCGGAUCACAUUCAAAGUUGCACAAUGAAGUAACUCUGGGACAGAGACCGAACCAGUACUACGGCUUCACUAUUCAGGGAAACAACAGUUUAAACUCAUUGGUAUCGGAAGACUCGCCAGCUGGAGUCAAUGAUUCGGCAAUGAUUCCGUCAUCGUUUGAGGAUGAAGAUGAAGAUGGCUUGGUUGGGUUUGAAAAAAAUUACAACAACUCUGUGUCCCACAAUAAAGGAUUAGCUCCCUAUGGUGGGUUUUCAAAGCCAAAUAUUGAAAAGUACUUUUGGGACGAUGACAUAUUCAAUACCGCUCCGUGGUCGGUAGUUCCAUCAGAUAGUGGUAAUGGAUCAUUGAAUAAGGCUAUAGAUCUAUCUGUGAAGGAAGGAAUCUUACAACAAAACAAAUGGGUCGGGAUAAUUGCCAUGCCUAGUGAUACAAUUUCAGCCAAAAUUAGACAAGACAUUGCGUCGAAAUUAGAUUCGGAGUAUAAUUGCGAAGCUGUCUUUCCCGACGACAUUACCUUCGAGGGCCACUACAAGUCCUUUUGUAAACAAAUUUUGUGGCCCACAUUGCACUACCAAAUACCAGAUGAUCCCAAGUCUAAAGCAUUUGAGGACCACUCUUGGGGACAUUAUGUCUUGAUGAAUCAAUUGAUUGCCGAUAAAUUAGUUGAAACAUAUGUGGAAACAAACGGAGAUUGCAAUUUUGAUGAUUCCGAAAACGUGAUUUGGGUGCAUGACUACCAUUUAUUGUUGGUUCCCAGAAUGGUUAGAGAAAAGUUGCCAAAAGCUAAAAUUGGAUUGUUUUUGCAUGUAUCUUUCCCAUCGUCUGAAGUAUUUCGUUGUUUGGCUCAAAGAACUGAGCUAUUAGAAGGAAUGUUGGGUGCUGAUUGUAUCUCGUUUCAAACAAAUGAAUAUGUUCGCCAUUUCAAGCAGACUUGCAACAAGAUCCUUGAUGCUGAAGUGGCUGAUAAUACAGUGGUCUAUAAAGAUAGAUCAGUUGUCGUUAAUACGAUACCCGUUGGUAUUGAUGCCCCAUCACUUGAAAAGAAAGUCCAUAGCGAGCUGGUUCUAGAGUGGAGACGUUUGAUUAGAGAGAGAUGGGGUGAACAGAAACUCAUCAUCAGUAGAGACAAGUUGGACAAGCUCAGAGGCAUCAAGCAAAAACUUCUUGCAUAUGAAAAGUUCCUUACUCAGCACCCAGAAUUCAUCAACAACACUAUCUUGAUCCAGAUUUGCAUUGGCUCAGGUUCGGAUCCACUGUAUGAACUGGAGGUGAUGAAGAUUAUUUCAAGGAUAAACUCUUUGCCAGAAAACAUUUCUGUCAUCCAACCAGUGGUUUUGCUACAAAAGGAUAUUGAAUUUGACCAGUAUUUGGCGUUGCAAUGCGAGGCAGAGCUGUUUGUUGUGAGCUCUAUGCGUGAAGGAUUGAAUUUGACAUGCCAUGAGUUUAUUACUGCCACCGCUGAGAAAAAGUCGCCAUUAAUCUUGUCAGAAUUUACUGGAUCCGCAUCUUUACUUUACUGUGAUGGAGAGGGUGCACUUUUGAUCAACCCCUGGGAUUUAAAAAAAUUUUCUGAAACGUUUUACCAGCUGUUGACCAUGUCCAAAGAGGAAAAGAAAAAGAGAUGGGAAAACUGUCAUCAUUUCGUUUUGACUCAAAACUCUAAGCAUUGGGUUACAAAUUGUUUGCAGAGUAUCAAUGAUUCUUGGGCAUUAAAAAAAUAG